AUGGACUAUGAAUAGAAUAAUUAUUAGGCAUUCGAAAUCGAGAUUAUAGACUCAGAGUAACAAAGAGUAGACAAUGCAAGAUUAGACUUUAUCAGGAAGGUAAGAUAUUGCGUAAUGAGGUGUUUUUGAUGAUCUUAUUACAAAUAGGAUUUACUUUCAUUACUACAAUGAUUGCUUAUUCUUAAAUGGAUAUAAUUGAGUACCUUAGCAGUAUAUCCUUUUUAUUUUGGAUAUUUAUAAUUCUAUUGAUAAUAGUAAUAUUUUUGCUAAUCAGUUUUUAAAAGUAAGUCAUCAUUUAAAUAAAGAUUAGCCAAACAACAUCCCUAUCAUUAUAUUUGUUAUAUAUGUUUUACAGUUUCAAUUUCGUACAUGUUUGUUUACAGCACUUAUCAUUUUCCUAAAUAUUCAAAUCACAUAAUAGCAUUAAUAACUCUUCAAAUUGGUGUUAUAAUUUCACUUCUAAGCUAUUCCUACUUUACUAUUGAAGAAAUCAAUCUAAAUAAAGGAUUAAUCUAUAUUGUUUUCACAAUUACUCUACUCUUCAUAUUAUUAUUCCUAUAUUUCAGAUUAUCCUUGAUAUUUUUAUUAAUUUUAUCAUUCCUAAUUAUUUUGUAUGGUUUACAUAUACUAAUUGAUACAUUACUUAUUGUGAAUGGAGAAGUAAAAAUAAUAAAAAUAAUAAUAUUAGAAACAUGAAUUAGAUAUUGAUGACUAUAUUAUUGCAGCUUUGAUGACAUAAGUUGACAUCAUUGGAUUCAUUUCAAUUCUUUAUCAUAAGAUCCUUUCCUUAAUAAAAAAGAUUUAAAUCAACAGUAACUGA